AUGCGUUUUUUGUUGAAUUCAAAGGCCCAUCGGACCGGGAAGGAGAUCCUGAAAAGCACUAUCACCAAGACAAGAGGGAAACAGCAACUGGAUGCAGCAUCAACCAAGGCGUCGUCUGCUGGUGUAUCAGCAUUGCACGAGAAAUCGUGGGGUCAACAGUGCUCGCCAACGUGUGGCUGCGUCGUCCGUUUCGAAGCAAAGAUUGAUCCUGUCUCUAAAACAAUAGUGGAUAUCCACUACCAUGCCAAGAGAGUGGUGGCAAUGACAUCUAAGGAUAAGUCCAAGCUUGAACCUGUACUUACGACACGAACCGGCAAGCCAAUGUUCCGAGAGUGCAAUUGCGAAACCGUUCAUCAGCUGGCGGCCGAAAUUACUUCCUUUCUCCCCAACCGAAGGUUAGAAAAGGUGCAGAAUAUGACCGAUUUUGCCAAAACAAGAUCGUCCACGGCCUUUCGACAUGCGGUAUUGGCCGAGCAGAAUUUACCACGAGAAAGUACCCACUGUUUUGAUGUUGUGGAAGAGGCCUUUACUGCAAUGAUAAGCGGAAAUAUGCCGACACAAAGACGAAAUCAAGGUACCUUUGCUCAGUCGUUGACACAGGAGCUGCUUCAUAACAACAAUAAAGUUGCGGGCAUGGGUAGGACUCGACUGUCGUUGUCGUCGCCAGGAUCCAUGUCAACAUUAAAGAUGUUCGACAUUGAGGAUGACUACUGGGAAAGUGAGCUCUCCCAGAGUUAUUUCGAGAAGGAUAACCACGAAGAACCACCGAGAUCAAAAUUUGACUGGGUUUCUUACGUUGAUGAAAACUACCAAGAUGAGGAUUAUUCUGCUUGA